CAGUGGAGGCGGCGGCGCUGCGGGAGGAGGCCUCGCCGGGCAGGGCAGGAGGCGGCGGCGGAGGGAGCGGCGGCGGCGGCGGCGGCGGCUCCCGGGAGGAGGUCCAGGCCCGGGACUGGCCGAGGUGGCAGGAGGGGCCGGACAGACGGACGGACAGACAGAAGGCUCGGGACAUUGCUGCUGGGGCAGUUUUUAAACUUUCUUCUUGUUUUUAAAGUUUGAACUUUUAAAUUUUAUUUUAUUUAAAAAAAAGCAAAACUUCUCAGCCUCCCCCAUCCCCACCAUGCCGUCCAACGGGUCUAUUGACACCAGCAGCGCUGCUCCAGACAGGGAGACGUCCGACACUCACAAGAGGGAAGAGGAGCUGGAGGAGAACCGGAGCAAGGACGAGAAGCAGGAACCAGGGACAGCCACGAGGAAAGCGGGGCGGCCUGGCAGGAAGCGCAAACACGCCCUGGUGGAAAGUAGUGAAGCAUCCAAAGACACUGCCUCAGUCCCAAAGUGCCACCCCCCCUGCCAGGAUGCUGGCUCCACGGAGCAGGUGCUAAAUGGAGACCUGGAGACAGACGGUGCCCAGUGGAAAGGCCCAGAGGACAGCGACGGGACCCCCAAGGGCGGGCAGCAUGGCGAGGAUGAGACAGACAGCCUCCCAGACAGCGAGACGGGUCAGGCCCUGGAGAACGGGCGCUGCACCCCGAAGGACAGCCCGGAUCCCCCGGCCGAUGAGGGUGAGCUGGCCCCUUCCGCCCCCCAGAAGAAGAGAGGCAAGAGGAAACUCUUGGAGACAGCUGGGAAAAGCAAAGAAGAGAAGGAAGAAGCUAACUAUGACUCCCUGAAAAUGGAGGGAUCCCGAGGCCGCCUGCGUGGCGGGCUGGGCUGGGAGUCAAGCCUGCGUCAGAGGCCCAUGCAGCGGCUCACCUUCCAGGCCGGGGACCCGUACUACAUCAGCAAGAGGAAGCGAGACGAGUGGCUGGCCAGAUGGAAAAGGGAGACUGAUAAUCCAUCGGCAUCCCAGCUUGACAAGGCUGAGAAGAAGGCCAAAGUCAUUGCCGUCAUGAACGUGGUGGAGGAGAGCCCACGGGCAGAGCCUCAGAAGGAGGAGGAGGCCAGCCCGCCCGCCUCGCAGCAGCCCACAGACCCUGCCUCGCCCAACGUGGCCACCACGCCUGAGCCAGUGGUGGCCGACGCUGUGGACAAGAGCACGUCCAAGUCAGCUGAUGACGAGCCGGAGUACGAGGAUGGCCGAGGCUUCGGGAUCGGCGAGCUGGUGUGGGGGAAGCUGCGUGGAUUCUCCUGGUGGCCUGGCCGGAUUGUGUCCUGGUGGAUGACUGGGCGGAGCCGAGCAGCCGAGGGCACUCGCUGGGUCAUGUGGUUCGGAGAUGGCAAGUUUUCCGUGGUCUGCGUGGAGAAACUCCUGCCGCUCAGCUCCUUCUCCAACGCCUUCCACCAGGCCACGUACAACAAGCAGCCGAUGUACCGCAAAGCCAUCUAUGAGGUCCUGCAGGUGGCCAGCAGCAGAGCGGGGAAGAUCUUCCCAGCAUGCCCCGAGAACGACGAGACAGACACUUCCAAAGCGGUGGAGAUCCAGAACAAGCAAAUGAUCGAGUGGGCCCUGGGGGGCUUCCAGCCGUCUGGUCCCAAAGGCCUGGAGCCACCAGAAGAGGAGCGGAAUCCCUACAAAGAAGUUUACACGGAGAUGUGGGUGGAGCCAGAAGCAGCCGCUUACCCCCCGCCUCCGCCAGCCAAAAAACCAAGGAAAAGCACAACGGAGAAGCCCAAGGUCAAGGAGAUCAUAGAUGAGCGCACCCGAGAGCGGCUUGUUUAUGAGGUUCGCCAGAAAUGCAGGAACAUCGAAGAUAUCUGCAUUUCUUGUGGAAGCCUCAACGUUACCCUGGAACACCCUCUAUUUAUCGGAGGAAUGUGCCAAAACUGCAAGAACUGCUUCCUGGAGUGCGCGUACCAGUAUGAUGAUGAUGGUUACCAAUCGUACUGUACGAUCUGCUGUGGCGGCCGCGAGGUGCUCAUGUGUGGAAACAACAACUGCUGCAGGUGCUUCUGUGUGGAGUGCGUGGACCUACUGGUGGGACCAGGUGCAGCCCAGGCAGCUAUCAAAGAGGACCCCUGGAACUGCUACAUGUGUGGCCACAAGGGCAUCUACGGGCUGCUGAGGCGAAGAGAUGACUGGCCCUCCCGCCUCCAGAUGUUCUUCGCCAAUAACCAUGACCAAGAAUUUGACCCACCAAAGGUUUAUCCACCGGUCCCAGCUGAGAAGAGGAAGCCCAUCCGAGUGCUCUCUCUCUUCGAUGGAAUUGCCACAGGUCUGCUGGUGCUGAAGGACCUGGGCAUUCAGGUGGACCGCUACAUCGCUUCUGAGGUUUGCGAAGACUCUAUUACUGUGGGGAUGGUGAGACACCAGGGCAAGAUCAUGUACGUCGGCGACGUCCGGAAUGUCACCCAGAAACAUAUACAGGAAUGGGGCCCUUUUGACCUGGUGAUUGGAGGCAGCCCGUGUAAUGACCUCUCCAUUGUCAACCCUGCUAGGAAGGGUCUUUACGAGGGCACUGGACGGCUCUUCUUCGAGUUCUACCGCCUUCUCCACGAAGCCCGGCCCAAGGAGGGCGACGACCGGCCCUUCUUCUGGCUCUUCGAGAACGUGGUGGCCAUGGGGGUGAGCGACAAGCGGGACAUUUCACGCUUCUUAGAGUCCAAUCCAGUGAUGAUUGAUGCCAAAGAGGUGUCUGCAGCGCACAGGGCCCGGUACUUCUGGGGUAACCUUCCCGGUAUGAACAGGUUGGUGAGAGCAUGGCCAUUGGCAUCUACAGUGAAUGAUAAGCUGGAACUUCAGGAGUGCCUGGAGCACGGCAGGAUAGCAAAGUUCAGCAAAGUGCGAACUAUCACCACUCGCUCCAACUCCAUCAAGCAGGGCAAGGACCAGCAUUUCCCCGUCUUCAUGAACGAGAAGGAGGACAUCCUAUGGUGCACGGAGAUGGAGAGGGUCUUCGGCUUCCCGGUUCAUUACACAGAUGUCUCCAACAUGAGCCGCCUGGCCCGGCAGAGACUGCUAGGCAGAUCUUGGAGCGUGCCGGUGAUCCGCCAUCUCUUUGCUCCCCUGAAGGAAUACUUCGCCUGCGUUUAAGACACACAGGAACUAGUGAAGUGGAACGAAUCAGAAAUAAAACCACCCAUGAGAAGAGAAGUGAAAAUGUGGAACAAGAGAAAAAUCAGCACCCAGAAGAGAGAAAGGAUUAAACCCGAUGGGAAUCCACCGCGUCUCCCCAAGCGAAAGGGUUCGGUGUCCUCUCCUGAAUUUUCAAUGUUCAGCUUUUAGCCUAUUUAAAAAAAAACAAAAACCGUUUUUUUUUUUGGUAACCUUUUAAUUUUCCGCUCUUUUCUGGAUGGGUUUUUCUGUUAGUUUGGUUUCUGCUUCUCGAAGCUGCGAGCGAGGCGAGAGGCUUUCCCGAGCUCGUGAGCAAGCGCUGUCGUAGCAGGAGGGCAAAGCCACCAGGAAACGCUAGCAGAAACCCAAGCCUAGAGAGGGGAACGCGAAAGCAAGGUUGUGUCGCUCUGAGCUCGAGUUCUGUCUCUGGUCUGGUGAGCGUAGGAGCACAAAGCAGGGAGUAUUCAGCCUGCGCCGUAACGUCCAGCACUGAGCCUUACUUACUUCUACCAGCACCAUCACUGGUGAUGCAAAGCAAAACCAACUAGCAGGGAAGCCAAGAACACGCACCACACCACACACUUUUCUACAGUAUUUCGGGUGCCUACCGCACAGGAAACCUUGAAGAAAGCAGAUCCUAGAUGCCGCUGUUACCUCUUGUUUACAGUUUAUAUAUAUAUGAUAGAUAUGAGAGAUAGAUAUAUAUAUAUAUAAAAGGUACUGUUACUACUGUACAACCUGACUUCAUAAUGGUGCUUUUAAACAGCGGGGUGAGUCAAAACAUCAGCUUCCACGUUGCCUUACGUGCCAGGGCUUCCCACAGAGCUGUGCAGGAGGGGAACCAAUGCAGACUGAGUGCCGGGGGCAGGGGAGGUACUGGGCCCCCGCCCCCCGGACAGUGCGGGGGAGGGACGGGAUCCAGUCUCCGUCCCAUGUCAUGCAAUAACCUUUUUCUUUUCUAAAAGGAAGGCCCCCCUCCCACGCACUGGGGAGAAGUGGGUCUGGGGCUGCCCCCGCCCGCCCGCCAGGGCCGGGGGGAGAGAAAGCCCUCGCCAGAGAAUAACAACACACAAACGUACUGGUGCUUUUCUGUGUACGUCGCCUUUGGGUGUUCUUUUCCGAGGGGCUCCCCUCCCCCGGCCCCUAGGCUGGGGUGCAGCACCGGGCAAAGCGAUGCUUUGGGUCACCUCCCAAUUCACAGGCUGCAGUUUUAUACUGAGAAGCUGAUGCCAUCUUUGAUUCUUCUUGUCUCUUUGUUGUAGAAUGAAGAAUUUGACUGUAGGUUCAUGCCGAGGUGGGGAGGAGGGCCGGGCAGACGCCCCCCAUUGCUCACCCAGGCCCGGGGGUGCAGGGCAGAGCUCCGGCUGCCCUGUGGGGUGCUCCCGGCCCGGCAGGGGGCUGGUUCUCUCUUUCUGUGGACGCUGUGAAUUCUGUUUCUUUUAGUACUUGAUUGAACUGCAGCUGUGCUGUCCCUUCCCACCAGCCACCAGCACGCGGCCCCUCAUGGCCUGGGCGGAGAGCGCAUGCUCUGCGGGGCAGGAGGCGGAGGGCCGGCCUGGGGCCAGGGCUAGACUAGGAAUCACACUGGCAGGCCACCUGCGGGAGACUCCCCCCAGCAUCUCCAGAGGGGCUGGCGGCCCAGCACCAGCCUGGGCAGACAGAGCAGAAGCAGCUUUCCCCCGGGCACCUGCCUAUGCGGCACGCUGGGGGAAAGCCAGCAGGCACCACGGGCACUCUGGGGCGCAAGCAGCCGCUGCAGAGCGGCGCCAGCCAGGCCAGGGGGAGAUCCCAGAGAACUCUAGGGCAGCCCCGAGGGGUGGUACGUUCAGGUGGGCACAUGGCCAAAGCUAACCGAUCCAGGCCAUGUGGGCAUAGCCCUACCGCAGCCAGCUGGCACCAGUGGAGGAUCUGGCCCUCCAGGGGCAUUUGCCAGUGUGCCCUGGAACGGCAGGCCCGGGAGAAGCUUGGCGUCUGUCUUGGCCUCUCUGCUGAGUCUGCCAGGGGGAGAGCAGCUGGGAGGGGGCUUUCCCAACGCGCCCCGCGGGCACACGCCCCAGCCCGAGUCUUGUCCCAAGGGCACUGAUCAGCUGCCAUCUCGAUAACUUCCCUGGGCUGCCCUUGGCCAGCCCCUAUCAGCCGUGCCCAGGGCUGUCUGCCGCUGUCCAACCCACCCUGCCUAUUGGCCACCCCCUCAGUAAUGCCCACCCCACCCUGCACAUUGCCCCAUCCCCUCGGUAACACCCACCCCACCCUGCCAUUGCCCCGUCCCCUCGGUAACGCCUACCCCACCCUGCGCAUUGCCCCGUCCCCUCGGUAACGCCUACCCCACCCUGCGCAUUACCCCAUCCCCUCGGUAACACCCACCCCACCCUGCCAUUGGCCACCCCCUCGGUAACACUCACUCCACCCUGCCAUUGCCCCGUCCCCUCGGUAACGCCUACCCCACCCUGCGCAUUGCCCCGUCCCCUCGGUAACGCCUACCCCACCCUGCGCAUUACCCCAUCCCCUCGGUAACACCCACCCCACCCUGCCAUUGGCCACCCCCUCGGUAACACUCACUCCACCCUGCCAUUGGCCACCCCUCGGUAACGCCUACCCCACCCUGCGCAUUGCCCCGUCCCCUCGGUAACGCCUACCCCACCCUGCGCAUUGCCCCGUCCCCUCGGUAACACCCACCCCUGCCAUUGGCCACCCCUCGGUAACGCCUACCCCACCCUGCACAUUGCCCCGUCCCCUCGGUAACGCCUACCCCACCCUGCACAUUGCCCCGUCCCCUCGGUAACACCCACCCCACCCUGCCAUUGGCCACCCCCUCAGUAAAACCCACCCCACCCUGCCAUUGGCCACCCCCUCGGUAACGCCUACCCUGCCCUGCCCAUUGCCCCAUCCCCUCGGUAACACCCACCCCACCCUGCCAUUGGCCACCCCCUCGGUAACGCCUACCCCGCCCUGCCCAUUGCCCCGCCCCCUCAGUAACGCCCGCCCAGCCCAUUGGCCAGCCCUUUUGGAAACACCUGGGGCUUGUCUCCGUGGCUAAUGACUGCACAGGGUGUGAGUACAGCGCCCCUGCCCGGAGGGCGAUUCCAUGGCCCUUGGCACUGCCCUCGGGAGGUAGCAGUGAGACUCCCAGAGCCAGCCCAGCACCAAGAGCUGCCGAAUCCUCCUUCCGUGUGCCGCGCACCCCCCGACACACACGGCCAGAGGGACACUGCCCACCCCUGACAGACAGUCAAAACCGCACCCAUGUACCCAUGCGGACGAUGGAACCUUGCCUUCCCACCCUGCAACACCCCCCAGUGGAACAUGUACACACAGACAAUGGAACAACCCCCAUGCGCGCACACGCAUACAUUCGAACACCCCCCCCCCAUGCGCACACACAGACAAUGGAACACCCCCCCAUGCGCACACACAGACAAUGGAACA